AAAUCAUUCACCUGCAAUUUUAUAAGAAUUGAGACAUCACAUGGAUAAGAUGUACGUACGUGCACAGGGGAACUUUCUGAUGAGGAAAUAGAUAAGCAUGCACAAAUAUAUUUUUCAUUGAUAAAAGUACCUUCGUCACAGGAAGUUUUAAAAGAUGUGCUUUUAGUGCUAACGUUAUCUUGUCUGUCAAACUUAUAUCAGCUUCUGAAAGAAAAAUCAUGUCUCGUAUUUAGUAAUAAUAAAGAUCAAAAUUUAUUUGUUUCUUACAGAAGUUAAACAGCAAAGUUUCUUUCAUAAAUCCAAUCCAUGCAUAUGAAAGUUAUAUAAAUGACAUGCAAUAGCUUUCUAGAAGGCUACGAUCAAUAUAAUUAAAAUACAUGCAUAUGAAAGUUAUAUAAAUGACAUGCAAUAGCUUUCUAUAAGGCUACGAUCCAAUAUAAUUAAAAAGAAACGCAAAUGAAACUUAUAAAAUGUCUUCAACAUAAAUAACCUUUAGACAACGACUUGCUAUGAAAAGAAAUACGUACAAAUGAUAUGUAUGUUAUUAUAAAAUGAAAAGACGAUAAGAUUUUAUAUCGUCACAUUUACAUCCUUUCCAGCUCCACUUACAGUGCAUUAUACUUUAAAGGGAAUUUUCAAAAAAACAAUGUAAAGAUCUCGCGUCAGUCUUUAAAGUUGAAAUGUAUUCUAGUAAAAACAGAUGUUUUAACAAAAUGUAAACAAUAUAUAUGUAUAAGGUGUGCGUAGAGCUAUAUUGGGGAGCAUUGUUCUCCUCUUCAAGACAUACGCACAUAAUAACAAAGCGUUAAUUAAAAACGUUGAAUGAAGUGCAACGUGAAAGAUCAUCUACUUCAAAAAUCACCAAAAUAAUUAAUAAAAUCAAUUUUUCCAUAAAAAGAACGUUAAAACAAAAAAAGAUCUACACCUACAUAAAAUGCACACAAAGAACAAGGAUAGAAGAUUAUUACAUAAAUAGCACUGCAUGCACAACAUGAUCUCUUCAAAAUAUUUCGUAUUAUGCUUCAUAAUUAAUUUUUACUGCAAAAGUGGUAAUUAUAAUGGAGAAUUUUUUAUAAAACUACUCUACAGUUAUAAUGAGCAAUUUUUCAAUAAAUAGCAUCUUCUGCAUGAAAGCAAUAAUCAUUAAUUAUUACGUAAGUUAAUAAAUGAAAAACAGAGAAAAAGAGAAUCCUAUAUUGUUGUUGACAUAGCUAUAUUAGUGUAGAUAUUGCACAGAUGAACACGUUGCAGACGAAAGAAGACAUUCAACAGAAAAUAUGGGCAUGGAAUUUCUUCAAAAUGACGAGAAGAUUGUGUUGACAAGUAUCCUCCUAACUCUGACAAUUCUUGGUGUUAUUACCAAUGUAUUCGUCGUGUAUGCUAUAACAUCAUUUUCAAGACACAAAGAUAUACCGUCCAACUUGUUCAUUCUUAAUCAAGCGUUCGCACAUUUAGGCAACGUUCUAUCAACGAUAUGUUAUGUAAUUCAUAUGUUUUACUGGAUUUGGGGUGUAGUUUAUACAAUUUUUACUUUCACCUUAUUUUCAUCGCUGGGUAGUUUAUGCCUAAUGACCGUCAACCGUCUUGUCUCCGUUGUAUGGCCAUUGAGAUACCCGAGCAAAAUAACAGCCCAUCGAGCUAAUGUAAUGGUUGCAUUUGUAUGGUCUGUGGCUUUAACAUUUACGCUGUUACAUUUACUGGGUUAUGCUGUGUACUCAGAUCCGAACUUUUUCAACUAUGGUCGUUAUUAUCUUAUGCUAUUAAUAGUCGUUUUCAUCGGGUCGAAUUUCUACAUGUUUUACUUGAGUAGAAAACAGUCGAAGCACAUUUCAAACGUGUUACGAGCCGUUCAAACAGGACUGCAACAGAGUAUAAGAGACGAUCUGAAAUGCAUCAAAACUGUGGGAAUGGUUGGAAUUACUUUUGUCAUGGGAUGGUUUCCUCUUAUUAUACUAUUUUUUCUUUAUGGCGAUAAGAAAGAAGAAAAAGACUUUCAGAGGUUUUCAGCAUUUCUCUUGCCUUUGACAAUCGUAAAUGUUAUUUCAGAUCCAUUCAUAUAUUAUGUGCGGAGUUCGGAAUUCCGUAAAUUUUAUAAAGCGUGGAAAAGAAAACAAGGACUUGGUAGAUUACAUUCUACAGUUAAAAUUGAGAAUGCACACUCGCUUGAAGCCUUUUAUGUGAAGUAACAAGACAAAAUUUGACUGAUUGAUCUUUUAUUGCAAAAAACAACAACAUAGUCUUCAUUUUUUGAUAAUAAUCAGCCAUAUACGUAACAUGCCUAUCUAAUUUUAGCUUGGACGUAUAAAGAUUACUUCUGUUUUUGCGCAUUUCCGCUGUAAAUGACAUACGUGCAAUAUGUUUCCGUGUAUUGACUUCAUUAUAGAGCCUGCUGUGAUCUCUUAUCUAAUAUAUUAAAUAAGCCACUUGA